GAGCCUUCUAUUACUACUACUUUUAUCUUGUAGGCGUUUGACAUUUGGUGAAUUUGUCCUCUUCCAAUGGCUUAAUUUACUUAAAUAAACUUUAUAGAAGAUGAUGAACAAUUCUACAUUAGUGAGGGAAGCUCACGAGGCCUUCGUCACCGGACAUAAUGGCUCGGCACCUCACGACAUCAUACUGGCCGUUUACCCAGCAAUUCCAGCUUCCAUAACUGCAGCGGUAGCUGGACAGAGAUUUCCAGGAUUGUUUGGACUCUUUUUGGAGUGUAUUCUUUUAGUGGUCCCUCUCACUCUAAGCUUCACCCAUCUCGCCAAUUACACGCUUGAGCUGAGUGCGCUCAUGCUAGCAACUGCUGGCGUUGCUGUCUUUUUUAUCAGUCCGAAUAUUUCACACACCAUCGACAAUAAUCAGAGGCGACUCAAAUAUUUAACUUCUCUGCGAGGACAGCUAAACCUUGUGACCGUUAUCGCCAUCCUGGCCAUCGACUUCCGUUCUUUUCCCAGAAGGUUUGUCAAGACUGAAGAAUAUGGAUACAGCCUCAUGGAUGUUGGUGCGGCAGGAUUUGUCAUCAACAACGGCAUUGUCGAGGGGAGAAAGCGGCCAUGCUAUAAGGCUGUAGUGAGAGAUGGCGCUAUUCUGACUGUGUUGGGAUUUGUAAGGUUGCUGUUAAUCAGAGCCUCUGAUUACCAACACCAUGUGACGGAGUAUGGGGUGCACGCAAAUUUCUUCUUCACCUUAGCUUUUGUAAAGCUUACGUGUUCUUGGUGGAUUUGGAGACUGUCUUGCAUCCAGAGCAUGCUAUGUAGCAUCCUCAUAAGUGUUUGCCAUCAAGUCUACCUCGUCUAUGGAAAUGGAGCUGCUUGGACAUUGAGCGAUGCACCCAGGGAUACGUUGUUGUCCGCAAACCGAGAAUGGGUCGUUGCACUUGCCGGCUAUGCUUCGAUCUACCUUAUUGGAGCUGCCAUAGGCGACUACAUAUUCAACAAGAGUAACUAUGGCCCUGGAAGGAAGUCUUCUUCAUUGCUCGCCAUAACUCUCGUGACAGUCGGAAUUCUGGUUGGGCUGCAUUAUUUUGUUGGUCCUCCGUCGCGAAGAUUGGGUAAUCCUACUUUCAUAUAUUUUUGUGUAUGCUUUUUGCUGAUAGUCCUCACCCACUAUGCUCUGAUCGAAGACGUUUUCAACAGCGUCCUCCCAGGAUUUCAUUUCGUACCGAUCACGUUUCAUGCUGUGAAUCAGCAGCCGCUCAUAAUCUUCCUCCUUGCCAACUUAAUGACUGGUAUAAUUAACAAAUCCAUCAAUACACUGGACGUAGCAUAUCCCCAGGACUUGUUGAUAAUUAACGGUUAUACAUUGGGCCUUGUCACCUUAAUGCUUUACCUGUAUUCAAACAACAGCAAAGAGAAGAGGCUGUAGGUUAUAGUGAAAUAAACAAGAUGAUUUUUAUAUGUAAACAGGUAUACUUUUGUAUAUAAAGACGUAUUCAGCAAUGCUUCAAUAUUUACGUAUGUAUGCGAUGACAGAGUGAUUAAAUGUGACCUGGAUACAUUGGGAUAUUUGAU